AUGGAAAAGGAAAUAAAACGCCUCCAAGAACAAACAUCUCAACUAAAACGUUUUGCUUCAGACAUACAGGUAUUUUUAAGUACACAUCAGAUGAAUAAAGAAAUACAUGAUGAGGUUAAGUCAAUAACAAAAGCCUUAGCUUCCGUUAAGAAUGAAAACAUAGAAAUAGAGAUACACCAGGACAUAACUUCACUGCUUAAAGAUGUCUACUACUUUGCUAGAGUAAAAGUGGACAAAAGCACCAUCAACUGUCCUUUUAAGGAUGAAAAAAUCAGUCUAGCCCAAAUACAAGUGCCAGCUAGACAGCAAUUACUGACUGCAAGGUCUGUUCAUAAUACAAACCUAAAGCUGCGAACGAAAUUCACAGUUGACCAAAAAGGAAAGAAAAUGGAGAUAACAGGAUGUGCAAUAUUGGCAAAUGGUAACUUAUUGUUUGCCGACAACACUGGGAAGGAUGUAUUAAUGGAGUAUAAUGUAGACGGACUAUUUAUCCGUGAUAUACCCGUAUCAGCAAAGCCUUCAGAUCUGACAGUAAUAACUACCGAUCAAAUAGCUGUUUCUUAUAACGAUCUUAACUACAUCGAUAUUAUAGAUUUAAAGAAAAUGACAGUUCUGAAAACGGUGAAAUUUUUAUGCCACUGUCGAGGGAUAUCAUACAAUGAUGGAAGGAUUUAUGUUUUAGUGUAUGGUGUAGGAAUCGUGAUGUUGAAUAUGGAAGGAACUAUACUUAAAACAAUCAAGUGUGACUUGCAUGUGUAUAAUAUUACGACGAUCGAAGACAGAGUCUACUACACAGUGCCUUUUUCAAGUACUGUUAAAUGUUGUACUACAACUGGAAACAACAUAUGGAAAUUUAAGGGUAACUUACUUACUGCACCGGGCGGCAUUGCCACUGACAGUGCCCAAAAUGUGUUUGUUGUGGGUAUACGAUCUAAUAACCUUAUGAUAUUGCAAGAUGAUGGAACUGUCAGCAAAACAUUACUUUCCAAAGCAGACGGACUAAACAAACCCGCACGUCUAUAUUACGAAAAGGAAACGAACAUAUUACUGGUGUGCAACAAAUACGACGGAACUGCUUUUUUAUACAAUGUUAUGUUUGAUUAA